GCAACCUGCGGGCUCCGGGGGAAGAGCCUCUCCCCGGCGGCGCGCCGGCUGGCGGGAGCGGACGGAGGCCGGCGCUGCCCGUUAGCAGCCGCGGCAGCAGGAGCCUCCUAAUUACUCACCACGCUAAUUGCCCAGCACUGAACUUCAGGAGCCGGUCUGAAGCGGAGCUCCGGGGGCGCAAGAGGAAGCAGGAGGUGUCUGGGGCCGGGCUCCGCCAGGGUUAAGUGCCCGCCCGUCCCCGGCUUGGCGGCCAGCUCGCCUUCCGCGGGAGGCCGGAGUCGUCGCCCGGGGACCGGGAGGUGCGCCCGGACCACACCGGGCCCCCUCCCCCAUCGCCGCCUCUAGGAGGCGCAGAAAGUGGGGGCGCCAGCCUGGCGCGGGGGGCGGGCGCGGAGAGCCAGAGGGGCUGCGGGGACACCGAGAUGGCCGAUGAGAUCGACUGGCUGGACCUGCCAGGCCGAUGGACCUACGGAGUGGACCGCGGCGGGAGAAUCUUCUUCAUCAAUGAUGAGGAGAAGUCAACCAGCUGGGUGCACCCUGGUACGGACUCACCCAUCCAGAGUGGAUACUCUUCCAGCCCAGGUUUGCCUAAGGGCUGGGAGAUGGAUUCAACCCCGGAAGGAGCUGUAUACUUCAUCAACCACAAUGAAAGACGCAACACAUUUCGACACCCAGUGACUGGCCAGGUCCCGGAGGAGAACAAAAAGUUUGACUUGAAAACAUCGGCCUUGGACAUGUCCAACAAAACAGGUGGAAAACGUUCUGCUACCAUCAACAGCGACUUAUCCAACCACAACAUGGUGUCAGAGGUUCCUCCAGAGCGGCCCAACAUCCGGGCGACUCGAACUUCCCGCAAAGCCAUUGCCUUUGGUAAACGCUCACACUCCAUGAAGCGGAACCCCAAUGCCCCUGUCACCAAGGCCGGCUGGCUCUUCAAACAGGCCAGCUCCGGGGUUAAGCAGUGGAACAAGCGCUGGUUUGUCCUGGUGGAUCGCUGCCUCUUCUACUACAAAGAUGAGAAGGAGGAGAGCGUCCUGGGCAGCAUCCCCCUGUUGAGCUUCCGGGUUGCCGCUGUGCAGCCCUCUGACAACAUCAGCCGGAAGCACACGUUUAAGGCCGAGCACGCUGGAGUCCGUACCUACUUCUUCAGUGCCGAGAGCCCUGAGGAGCAGGAGGCCUGGAUCCAGGCCAUGGGCGAGGCUGCUCGGGUACAGAUCCCACCAGCCCAGAAGUCAGCGCCCCAACCUGUGCGCCACAGCCACGAGAAGCCAGACUCGGAGAACAUCCCCCCCAGCAAACUCCAUCAGCAGCCACCUCACAACAGUCUCACCAAGCCGGAGCCUGAGGCCAAGACUCGAGGGGAGGGGGAUGGCAGAGGCUGUGAGAAGGCCGAGCGGAGGCCGGAGAGGCCCGAAGUCAAGAAAGAGCCUCUAGUGAAAGCCAAUGGCCUCCCACCUGGACCUGAACCAGCCUCAGAGCCUGGCAGUCCUUACCCUGAUGGCCCGAGGGUCCCAGGAGGUGGGGAACAGCCUGCCCAACCCAAUGGCUGGCAGUAUAGCUCCCCAAGCCGACCAGGAAGCACAGCUUUCCCACCUCAUGAUGGGGACACUGGGGGACACCGGCGGAGCUUUCCACCACGUACUGAUCCCGACAAAAUUGCCCAACGCAAAAGCUCCAUGAAUCAGCUUCAGCAGUGGGUGAACCUGCGCCGUGGGGUGCCCCCACCCGAAGACCUUCGGAGUCCUUCAAGGUUCUACCCUGUGUCCCGCCGGGUCCCUGAUUAUUACAGCCCCUACUCUUCCCAGUACCCUGAGGAUUACCAGUUACCACCAGGAGUACGGCCAGACAGCAUCUGUUCCAUGCCAGCCUACGAUAGGAUUAGUCCACCCUGGGCCCUGGAGGACAAGCGGCACUCCUUCCGUAAUGGGGGUGGACCCACUUACCAGCUUCGUGAAUGGAAGGAGCCCACCAGCUAUGGGCGGCAGGAUGGCACUGUUUGGAUCCCCAGCCCCUCCCGACAGCCAGUCUAUUAUGAUGAGCUGGAUGCUGCCUCUGGCUCCCUACGACGCUUGUCCUUGCAACCCCGGUCCCACUCUGUGCCCCGCUCGCGCCAGGGUUCCUACAGUCGUGCCAGAAUCUACUCCCCCGUGCGCUCACCUAGUGCCCGUUUUGAUCGGCUGCCACCUCGCAGCGAGGACAUCUAUGCAGACCCUGCUGCCUAUGUGAUGAGGAGAUCCAUCAGCUCCCCAAAGUAUGAUUACCUGGGAGACAGGCGGCCAGUCCCCGCAGGACUGUUCCCCUACAACUACCCACCAUCCCCCACGGUCCACGAUAAGAUGGUCCCUGCAUACCCAGAGGUGUUCCGGGACGGCCUCCACACCUUCAAGUUAAACGAGCAAGACACGGAUAAGCUGCUGGGCAAGCUGUGUGAGCAGAACAAGGUGGUGAGGGAACAGGACCGGCUGGUACAGCAGUUGCGUGCAGAGAAGGAGAGCCUGGAAAGUGCCUUGAUGGGGACCCACCAGGAGCUGGAGAUGUUUGGGAGCCAGCCUGCCUACCCAGAGAAGCUGCUGCACAAAAAGGAGUCCCUACAGAACCAGCUCAUCAACAUCCGGGUGGAGCUGUCACAGGCGACUACGGCUCUGACCAACAGCACAGUGGUGUAUGAGAACCUCGAGUCUGAGGUCUCUGCCCUACAUGAAGACCUCUGGGAACAGCUCAACUUGGACAUCCAGAAUGAGGUGCUCAGUCGGCAAAUUCAAAAAGAGAUCUGGAGGAUCCAAGACGUGAUGGAAGGGCUGAGAAAGAACAACCCGUCUCGGGGUACGGACACAGCCAAGCACAGAGGAGGACUCGGACCCUCAACCACGUAUAGCUCCAACAGCCCAGCCAGCCCCCUCAGCUCUGCCAGCCUUACCAGUCCCCUGAGCCCCUUUUCAAUGGUGUCUGGUUCUCAGGGGUCUCCAACCAAGCCAGGGUCCAGUGAGGAACCUGGCCCACCUCGGCCGCCCCUCCCCAAAGCCUACGUCCCCUUGGACUCUCCUCCCACGGUCCCUCCACUCCCUAGUGAGAGCCGCUUCUGGCCAUACCCCAACUCCCCUUCCUGGCAUCACAGUGGCGAGACAGCCAGGGGUCAGCCCAAAACAGGCUAUGAGCCAAACAAGAAAGACCCCGACCAGACAUCACCCCUGGAUACCCCCAGAGACAUCAGCCUUGUGCCCACCAGACAAGAGGUGGAGGCAGAGAAACAGGCAGCCCUCAACAAAGUUGGCAUCGUGCCCCCUCGGACAAAAUCUCCUGCUGAGGAAGAGCUGACUCCAUCAGCAGUAAUGAGAAGGACUACCAAUGGACUCACCAAUGGCCUCUCCUCACGGCAAGAGCGCCCCAAGAGUGCUGUGUUCUCUGGAGAGGGCAAGGUGAAGAUGAGCGUGGAGGAGCAGAUCGACCGGAUGAGGCGGCACCAGAGUGGCUCCAUGAAGGAGAAGCGGAGGAGCCUGCAGCUCCCAGCCAGCCCAGCUCCUGAACCUAGCGCCCGGCCUGCCUACAAAGUGGUGCGCCGUCACCGCAGCAUCCACGAAGUGGACAUCUCCAACCUGGAGGCAGCCCUGAGGGCCGAGGAACCUGGUGGCCAGGCCUAUGAGACACCACGGGAGGAAAUUGCCCGGCUUCGCAAAAUGGAGCUGGAGCCUCAGCAUUAUCACGUGGACAUCAGUAAGGAGCUCUCCACUCCAGACAAAGUCCUCAUUCCUGAACGGUACAUUGACCUGGAACCAGACACCCCCUUGAGCCCCGAGGAGUUGAAAGAGAAGCAGAGGAAAGUGGAGAGGAUCAAGACCCUCAUUGCCAAAUCCAGUAUGCAGAACGUGGUGCCCAUCGGCGAGGGGGACUCUGUGGACGUGCCCCAGGACUCAGAGAGCCAGCUGCAGGAGCAGGAGAAGCGGAUUGAAAUCUCCUGUGCCCUGGCGACCGAGGCCUCCCGCCGGGGCCGCAUGCUGUCUGUGCAAUGUGCCACCCCAAGUCCUCCCACCUCCCCUGCUUCCCCGACUCCACCAGUCAACCCCCUACCGUCUGAACGCCCACGGGGCGCCGACAGCAGCCAUACCAUGCGGGUCUGAGCUCUGACUGCAAGCCCUGGCUGAGGCCAACGCUGUGAAGCUCCACAGAGCCACCUUCUGAUAGCACAUCCGGGACUCCGGCUCCUCAUCCUGGCCUCCUGCCCUUGCACCCCGCGUGGGAAUGCCCCAGGGAGCCAGGCUGGGGGCCAGGCCUGCUUCAGAAAGGAGCAUGGAUGCCUUGAAAGCCACAUCUGCUGCCCGUGUCCUGCAGCCUGUACUAUCAUGCCGUAGUUCUAAGGCAAGACCUGGGAUGCAAGGCCAAGGUGUCAUCCUCUCUGAUGCCCCAGUCACAGGGAGUUCAAGUGCGGUUCCGGAUGGCAUUGUGUGGCCCUCUUGCACCAUAACCUGAUGGAGAGCGUGUCCUGGUGGGGAGCAGGCCCUCAGCUAUGGGUGAGGACUGGAAGUGAAGACAAGACAGGCUGUCUACCCCUUGGAACCCACACAACACAGUGAGAGGCCAGCUCUUGCCACCGGCUUCCUCCCCUUCGGUCCCAGCUGCCUCGGCGAUGCCCAGGGCUUUGACACGGCGAUGCUGAUGGGUUUCCCUGGAGACCAGCUGCCCUGCUUGAGCCAAAGAGAAGAUGAUGAGUGCCAGGGGGCGGCCCCCGGGUUCCUGGAGGGGUCAGGUGUGGUGUGGAUAGAGGACAGCAGGUCUGCGCAGUGUCUGAGGGCAAGUUGGAAGUGGGAGCGGACGGAAGAGGAGAGAGGCUUGGAGACUGAAGGGAGGGAAAGUCGGAUGCUUUCCACAAGUGAUGGGGAUGUAAGGGAGGAGGGGAAAUGGGAAGGGAGAGUAGGAAUGUCUUCCCUAGAGCGGAGCCUUAGGUUAGUGCCAAGCAGAGGGCCUGACUGUCACCUCUGUACUUUGACAUCUUCCUCAGGAGCAGGUGGCCCAGGAGGACUCGCCGGGCACACGUCAGCCCCAGCUGAGGUGCUUGGUAGGAAGGUGUGGAGGAGGGGUGUUAGGGUGAGACAGCCUGGGAGAUGGUCCAUCGGUGUCGAGGCCUGCUGUUCAUCUCUCUCCUAGGGUCAUGGGCAGAGAGGCCUGUCUUACUGUCUGUCUAUCUGUCGUCUGUCUGUCAGUCAGCCUCGGGGCCUUACCUAGCCAGUUUCUUGACCCACUCAAACCUGGAGAGUACUGUGGGCCCGCUGAGGGUUAGCCCUAGGAGGAGGGAAUGGGGAUUUAAAUGUGAGGCCAGGCUCUGGGCCCUCACUCAUCUCAGGCAUCCAGAGCAGGACCAGAGGCCGGGCUUUCUUAUAACCCACCUACCCAGGGAGGACAGGACAGGGAGAGACGGGAAGGGAGUGUAGUCUGUCUCUAUUCCACCUACCUUGAGUGAAUGUAGCCAGAGAGCAGUGAAGGAAGGCCAGCUGCAGACACCAGUCUCCAGGCCCGCCCUGCCAGACUUGCUGCCCAGAGACUUCAGCCUGAGCAUCAGUGGUCCCAAGAUACAACUGCAUCAUCUCCCGUCAACUCAUCGCUGCUCCUUCAUGGUUGGGACAGUUACUAGUUUAUAUGCAAGUAAAGAUGACCAUUCAUUCCACAAA